AUGCCGGCCCGUGCCGUGUCGCUCCGGCCGAGGCCCUCGCGCGGCACGAUCAGCGUGCGGGCGGAGAACCAGGGCAAGGUCACCCGGGAGUACCGCGAGGACGACGACGAGAUCGUGGUGAACAAGCCGAAGGCUGAGGGGGGCCAGGCGGCCCCGACCGGGAACCAGAAGUCGGUCUAUGUGGACCAGCUCCCCGACGUGCAGCGCGACCCCAUGAGCAAGGAGAUGCGCGAGAAGCUGCGGAAGGAGUACUACUCUAUGGGUGGCGCUCCGGACCAGAAAAUGACCAACUGGUACCUGUACAUCAUCCUCUUCAUCGGUUUCCUCGCCAUCUCGUCUGCCCUCACCGGCGCGCUCGGUCCGGCAGGGUACUAA